AUGAAUGCUGCAUUUGCGAACCUCAAUCUGCCCAGCGUCCCCCCAUCAUUCCCCACUUCCGACCACUGCCUGGCGCACCUCAAACUCCUCAAUACCUUCCAUGCCCUGAAAGAAGACGUUGGGUACACAGACGGGCUGUUUGGGCUCUGGGAUGCAAGAUGCGAGGUGCUGGAGGGGAGGGUACGAGACGAAGCGCUUGCGCGGACGAGGGAGAAGAGAUGGGCGCUCUAUAUUGCGCGAGCUGUGGAGCGGUUUGAGGUUUGGUGGUUGAAGUUUCUAUGCACGCUUGAGGAGGCCAGGAGGCUGGAGUGCAAGGAGAUGCUGGGCACGGAGAUGAAGUUCAUGCAGUUUACGAGCAGGGGAAGAGUUCAGAAAUGGACGACGUCGAUGCUGCCUCCUGUCGAUGUCCUUAUGGUAUGGCAUUCGUUUAUGCUUAAUCCAAGAAACUACCUCGAGGAUUGCAUUCGUUUCGGACUGAAGGAUCUCUGGGCCACAGGUCUGCCCUGGGCUGCGGUCAAUGAGGCCAUCGACACAAACUUCAACUAUACUGUCCCAGCGGAUGGAAUGAAUAUCUUUGCAGGCAUGACAGGUCUUAACUGGAGCAAUGCCGACGACCCUAUCAUUAAGACUAUGCACUGCCCCCGAUGCUCGCAGCAGUUGAAUAUCCCAUGGACAACAUGCGGGAAGAAUAGAAAUCCUAGUUACGAGGAGAUUACCAAACUGCUCGGUACAGGAUACGGAGAUAGAGAUUUCUCGUAUAUCUGCCACAGAUGCGGUGGAGAAAUCAACCAUAAGUUCCUCCGCCUUGCCAAGUUCAGGAAAGACACCGAGAAACUCAUCAUGCAAGACUGGCCACUGGGAGGUACAAUACUCUCUCCUGCCAGCGGAGCUCCAGAGGCGCCAAGCGAAAAAGAAUGGCCCAGCUAUCCCAACACGUUCCCAAAUCGAGUCGUUCGCAUAGAGCUUCGAAGUCGAAUUCUGGAACUCACCAAACCCAACUCAUCCAAGAAGCCCACGAUGGAUGACGUUAAGAAUAUGAUCGAGACGGCAGUCAAGGAUCGACAUGUCAUCAGGAGAUGCAACAGCAGAUCUAUGAGCAAUUUUUUGAAGGGGGAACGUUUAAGUAUCCGGAAGAUGAUGUCGAGAUACUGGGAGAAUGCUUCUCCUUUUGCACUCGAGCUUGGUGGUGCUGUCAUCCGACAGAGUAUCUUUGUGGAAAAGAUGCAUAAUAUUGAUUGGCUGCAUAGCCCAGCUGCGACAGAUACCAUGCGUCGGCUCCUCAUCAAGUAUGCUCGUUUCAUCGAGAUCAUCGCAUCUAAUCCGAAACAGAACGCGGUGCCGACCUUGGAUCUUGAUCUGGCAUGGCACACACAUCAGCUCUCACCUAAAUCAUAUUACGAUUAUUCGAUGCGGAGGAGCGGGAAGUUCAUCGAUCACGAUGAUAAAAUGGAUGAAGAUGCGCUGUCAGCCGCCUUCGAAUGGACGUCCAAAACAUACGAGAAGCUCUUCCAAGAAGUCUACUCAGAAUGCACCUGUUGGUAUUGCGAAGCAAUCCGAUCCAGACACAUCUCCUCGUCAAUGAGGCUCUGGGGAACGUCCAAGCACGAAAAAGUCCUCGACAGCUUCUACGAUUCCGGGGCGGCCCAGCUCUGCCCUCCCGACAAGUCCGCACACAUCAGCUCCCACAGCGCCGUCAAGCCCCUCGACAGCUCAAUUCAGCACGCGGUUGCCGCGCGCCUGCGACAGCAGCGCAAGCUGAAACUCGAAGAGGCCUACGACAAGGCCUGCCGGCGGGCCGAGGCCAAGGGCCGCCCGCUCCCGCCCCGCAGAACGCCGUCCGAGUACUACGGCGGCUGGGGAUACCCGUACCUGAUGUACGGGCCGUAUAUGGCGGUGGGCGUCAUUGGCGGCGUGUACUACGCGGGCGAUCCGUGCGUGAUGCCCGUGGGCGAGGGGAUGACGGGCAGUUGUGUGGCGGGCACCUGUGGUGUGGGUGUCGCGGCCGGGGCGUCUGGCGGGCCUGGGGGAUGUGCAGGUGGGGGUGCGUGUGGAUCUUGCGGGAGUGGAGGUGGAGGCGGUUGUGGAAGCAGUUGUGGGGGAGGAGGCUGUUCGUCUUGA